CAGAGCAGCUAGAGAUUAACUAUUUGUCUACAGAAGGCUUCUGUAGCCGCAUACUGAGCCGUUCCUUUAGCAUCAUACAGCUGGGAUUUAAAACCACUGAUGUCAGCCCAUGAUGUAACUCUCGCUCUCUCUCUUUCUCCGUUCAUCUGUUGAUGAUGCCUUGUUUACAAAAUGGAGAUUAGAAACAAGCUGCUCUUUGCCCAGUGCUUGGCCUACUUUUUGGCUUUUCUUUGUGCCCUUCUAGUAGUGGUGCCUCUGGCAUUGAAUGGCAGUGAUUUCAAGGGGAGGUGUUUACUCUUCAGUGAAGGCUUCUGGAGGGAGGAGAAUGUGACAGGCACAUUGGUUUUCCGGUUUGUUGUGAAUGAAUGGGGCCCGCCUUCAGCCUGCCAGUUCAGCACUUUUGUGGGAGUCUUCACUCUUCUUUUUGCUGCUGUCCAAACCUGGAGAACUUUCUUCUAUGUUUACAAAGGCCAUGAUGACACAUUUUUUUCUGCUUUCCUGAAUUUGCUGCUGAGUGUAUCUGUUUUGUUUCUGACCCUUGUGGCUAGUGUGAUGGUCACUGCAGGGUUUACCAUGUGGUGUGACAAGGUGACUAACCAUGGAGAACUACCAGGGAGCUGUGAAGAAGCCCAAGCCACCAAUCUCCAUCUAGAUGUGGACACAUCCUCAUUUUACAUCCAUUUUGGAAUUGCACAGUUUGGCCUAUGGAGUAUUUGGUCUGUUUGGGUAGUUCUUGCCAUCCUGGCAUUUUUGAAGGUAUACCGGAACUACAAGAGAAAAGAGCUUGGGCGCAGCCUGGCACGAGAGAAGGAGCUACUACUGGACUGUGGCACACGCACACGAUUAUUACACCAGGAAGAAGCCUCCAGCAUUUUCAUGUAGGGAUGCCAAAAAGACUUCCUGUUAACUGAAUACUUUUCCUUUAGUCUCCAAAAGACAUAGCAAUCAAUGCAAGACAAUUUACAACAUUGAUGAGGUCCAUACCUACAAAAAAGUCUGACAACACCAGGAUACAGUUGUAAUGUUUUAGAACUUCCCAUUUAAGUUUAUUUGAUGAGACAGCUACUUUAUAGUAAUCUGUAGUGUUCUAGUGACUACUGCAUUUAAUCUUUGGAAAGUGAUCACUUGCAGUAAUGGAACAUCAUGACAGCCUGCAUUUUAUUUUUAUGCUGAAGAACUGAAAUUGCAUGCUGAAUUUUGAAGAUCUAUGCCUGUCAUAAAGCUUUCAUUAGUGUGCAUUUCAGAAACAAUUGCAUCAUCCCUGCCAGUUUCUCAGCAAAAACAAGGAGACAAGGAGGUGUGGUUCAUUUUCAUGUGACUGUAUAAUUCUUGUACAAAUUACAACAAUGUUUCUGUGAAUGCACACUUAUUGUCUGCAUAUGUUAUACCACUUUAUUAUGAGCAUUUAGACAGAUUAAACACUACUAAAAGGCAAAAAAUACAGAAACCUAUCUUUGGGUACUCAUAGUAAUUGAUUUAUAGUGUUGUACUACCACAACUUUACUACUGAUCUCUUAAAACAGCGCUUACAAUUUAAUUAGAAGUUGAACUGUUUUUUAUUCUACAUAUUUAUUGCUUUUGAUGACUAUUUCACUACCACUUUAAGUUCUAAAAGUGUGACACUUCUCAUAAACUUAAUUAUUGCCAAAGUUCUACUCCACCAAGUCAGACUAGUAGUGUAGAAGGAAGAAAUACCAAACACCAGAUUUUGCUGAUAAUCUAGAUUCAAGACUGAACCCAGGUCAUUGAGGUUUAGCUAGUAUGAUAAGGGAAGGAUCAAAGCCAGGUAUAUUCUGUCAUUCUUCAGGGACAUAUAUUGGUAUGCAGUCACCCAUUUUUUGCUAAGUGUAGAGCUUUAGAUACUGUAGGGACAAGGCAGCACAUUUUGUGGGGAUGUCUCAGACCAACAUGUAUGUGCUUUUAUGUCUACAUACAUAGUUGAGGUAAGGUAAAGGUUGCCUAGGAAUGGACCUGGUGGUUUUAUGAUGGUGUAAAGAUAUUCCAGGGAAUAGGUAAGUGAAUUUCAAGAAAUAUGCAAAAAUCAUUUUAAAUUUGGUCAUCAGUGCUAUAGUAAUAUAAUUUAACAUAUACUGUGGUGUUAAUAAAUCCCAAUUUGAUCAGGCAGUUAAUUCAUAUAUUCCUUAUAAGUCAAAAAUACUGAUAAUUUUCUUAUUUAAAUUAUAUGUGCCACCAUAGUGAGAUGACUUAUAGGAGGACUGAAGGGUCUUUAAUGCAAUUGAUUUUUACAUGCAAAAUAUAUAUGUAUAUAUUUAUAUAUAAUUUCUGAUCGCAAAAUGAACUAAGGUUGAUAUAUUUCCAGCCAUGUAGUAUAU